CAGCAACAACAACAGCAACCACAACAGCAGCAACAAUAACAAAUACAAACAGCAAUUUAUUUAUUUAAAGAUAUACGUAUACAUUUUUUGCAUUGCCAAAGCAGACGAUCGGGCCAAAAUGAGUCACCAGCAACAACAAGAGCAGCAACAGCACCAACAACAACAACAGCAACAGCAACAAGAACAGCAGCAGCAACAGCAACAGCCAAAAAUGUUCCCAAAGUGCUCAUAAAUAUUAUGCUAGAAAUUGUUAAACAUUUACUGUCUCUACCCCACUCACUCAACGUGUCUCUCUUUCUUUUCGUCUCUCUCGUGUCGCGUCUCUCUGUUGCUGUCCCUCAAAAUGCUACGAAAUUAUCGAAAGUAUUUGCAGGAUAAACGAAAAUACGAUAAGGCACAGCGACGACGCAGCGACGGCAACAUUUGCCAGCAAUAGACAGUGAAAAGCAGAGACAGCAGCAACAGACCGCCAAGCAGCAGCAACUAGCAGCAGCAGCAGCAACAGCUACGAUAAGCGAUAGACAGCCAUCGAUAGUUGAUUUGUAAAUAAAGCUAGGGCAACAGCAACAACAACUUUGGAGGACGCCAUGUAUGCGCAACAUGUGCGCAAAUGGAGUCUAAAAACGCAACCGCAACUAAUGCCAUUGAUAUCGCUAGCAAUCUACGUCAGCUACAUGUUGCUAUUGAUCACAUGUGUGCCGACGACAACAGCAGCUGCAGCGGCAGCAGCCACAGCAACAGCAAUCGCAAGCCAACACCAGCAGCAACAGCAAAGAUCAUGGGAAUCAGAAGAAAGCAGCUACUACAUUGCGCUGCCACAGCAGCAGCAGCAGCAGCAGCAGCAACAGCAGCGACAAGAGCUGCAACAGCUGGCGGACAAUGGCAGCGGGAGCAGUGAAAGCGUCGGCAGCAACAUCGACAACAACAACAAUAUCUUAAGUAGGCUGCUCAGCCGGCCCAGCAAUAGUCUUAGUAGCACUAGCAACAUUAAGUUAAGGCCAGCAACAGUAUUCGACGCAGGCAGCGUUAGCAAUGCGGCUGUACAGCAACAACGGCAGCAACAUAUUGCUGCGGUGACAACGCAGCAGCAGCAGUCACAUCAACAAGUUCCAAAUACGCUAAUAAAUAGUCAAAAAUAUAAAUUAUUAAACAAUGGCAUCUCGUCGAGUAGUAAAACGCGACGACAUGCACUCCAGCAGCAACAGCAGCAGCAGUUGCAACAGCAGCAGCAACAGUUACAGCAACAGCAGCAGCUGCAGCAACAUCAGCAGUUGCAGCCUAACAGCCAUGCGCGGCAACUGCAGCUGCAACAGCAAAAUGUUGCCGCCUUUAACUUUAGCAGCAGAGUAACAGCAGCAGCGCAAAUGUAUUUUAUUGAGUCCUAUGAAGUGCCAGCGAGCAGCCAGGAGCAGGCGGCGCGCAGUCGUCGCGACUUUGGCAAUGGCCAGCGGAAAUAUCACGGCCAUCGGCAGCAGCAGCAGGAGGCAAAGCGCGAGUAUCGCCGCCAACGGCAGCAGCAGCGUCAACAGCAGCAGCGGCGUCAACAGCAACAACAGCAGCGACAGCAGCAGCAAUACCAGCAGCAACAUCAACACCAGCAGCGACGAAAACAUCCGCGAAAGCAUCGGAAUAAGCUGCGAACGGGUCGCUAUUGUUCCGCUCAGGAUCCCGCUCAGCUGGCGUUUGCGGCGCCCACAGUGAUCAUGGGCGUGUUCAUCUCGAGGACGGCCAAUCGGCCGGCCAACUUCUCGGCCACAAUGAAGGUGCUGCAGGUGUUCAAGCAGCAGCGGGACUUGCAGCUGCCGCAGCUCGUUCGGUUUCAGUUCGCGCAGCGCAACGGAAGCGGCGAGUGCGACAUCUACAGCGAGCGGCUGCAGGUGCGCGGCCUGAUCCACUUCAACCUGGAGCAAUCCUCCGACAUACGCUACAUCAUGUUUGUCCAGCAAACGAAUCCCGGCAACUUCUCCAUACUGGGUCAGCCCAUCCGAGCGACGGCGCCAGUGCUCAAGUCAGUCCAAGCAGCUGUGAGCGAAAAUUAUGCACAGAACGCAUCGAUCAUAUCGAUAACAACUGAGCCAAAUAAUGCGACAAUAGCUAACAACGCGAAGCUGCGCAUCACAUGCAAAGUGGAGGGCCAGCCGCCCCCGAAGGUGACCUGGUUCAAGGACGACAAGUCAAUAAAUGGCAAACACCAAGUUUAUAAAUUCAAGCAUCACAAAAGACGUUCCCAGCUGAUUGUGCCCCACUUUAACAGCUCCAUCCAUGCGGGGAAAUACGAAUGCCGUGCCAAGAACAAAGUUAGCAAUACGAUCGACAAGCGACGCAUCAUGAUCAAUGCCCAUCCAGUUCCAUUUCGAUCGGAUUAUCACAACCAGGGAAAACCAUGUGAUGAGAAUUAUUGCUUUCAUGGCGGCAGCUGCAGAUUAUUAUUGGAAAUAAAUCAGUUAUAUUGCAAUUGCGCGGAUGGAUACCAUGGGGAGCGCUGCGAGUACGCUGAUCCCGACAGUUCGACUUACAAUAUGGCCUUUGGCAAUAAUCAAAGCAACCGCUGGAUGAGAAGCAAUGCGAAAUAAGCUCUGUCAUGCAAAAAUUCAUUUUUGUAGAAAACA